AGAGGGAACUGGUGAGGGCACGUCAUUGGAGACAAGUCUCGGCUGUAGCGCUUAAAUAGCACGCGCUUGGUAUUCAUCUUUACAUUCGUCCCUUCCAACGAAGCUCAACAAUGGCAAGAACCAAGCAAACUGCCCGCAAGUCCACCGGUGGCAAGGCCCCGAGGAAGCAGCUCGCCACCAAGGCAGCGCGUAAAAGCGCACCGGCUACCGGCGGCGUGAAGAAGCCUCACCGUUACAGGCCAGGAACAGUGGCUCUGAGAGAGAUCCGUCGCUACCAGAAAUCCACUGAGCUGCUGAUCCGCAAGCUGCCCUUCCAGCGUCUGGUCAGGGAAAUCGCUCAGGAUUUCAAGACCGACCUGCGCUUCCAGAGCUCUGCUGUCAUGGCUCUGCAGGAGGCUAGCGAGGCUUACCUGGUUGGUCUGUUCGAGGACACCAACCUGUGCGCCAUCCACGCCAAGAGAAGAGACAACAUGAGCGGACGCGGCAAAGGAGGAAAAGGUCUUGGAAAGGGUGGCGCUAAGCGUCAUCGCAAAGUCCUUCGCGAUAACAUCCAGGGAAUCACCAAGCCUGCAAUCAGGCGCCUGGCUCGCCGUGGUGGUGUGAAGCGUAUCUCUGGCCUCAUCUACGAGGAGACCCGUGGUGUGCUGAAGGUGUUCCUUGAGAACGUGAUCCGUGAUGCCGUCACCUACACCGAGCAUGCCAAGAGGAAGACUGUCACAGCCAUGGACGUCGUCUAUGCUCUGAAACGCCAGGGCCGUACUCUGUACGGUUUCGGAGGUUAAA